AUGGCAUCAUCUUCACAACAAAGUAGGGUUAUUAAUCUCGGGCCAGAAGAUCCAUCACUUCUUCGGUUUCAGAGUAUUCAUGUAUCUGAGCAUAUUUGGGAUGGACGUGAUCACCCGACAUUGAGAGUUAGGAAGAGUCCAAAUAUUCCCGGUGGAUUAGAAGGUAUUCCGGAAGAAAUUAUUCCACAUCUGGAAUUAGCGGGUUUUGUUGGAGUGGCUAACUUGUCUAAGCUUCCUGUAGACGUGGGAUUGAUUACUACAUUAGUAGAGAGGUGGAGGCCCGAGACGCACACCUUCCACAUGCCCCCUGGAGAGUGUACUAUUACCCUUCAGGAUGUUGCUAUUAUAUUAGGAUUACGCAUAGAUGGGAGACCUGUUAUAGCACCCACUGGGGGUGAUUGGGCUCAGAUUGUGGAAAACAGCCUAGGUAUGAGACCAGGAUCAGAGGCUUUUGUAGGGAGUUUCUUGAAGAUGAGCUGGUUGGACGAACACUUCACUCAUAUUGCCAUGCAUAAUCAGACUCCACUGCAGAUCACUUGGUUUGCUUGGGCAUAUAUAUUGAGGCUUAUUGGAGGGUUCAUGCUUCCUGAUCACUCUAGCAGUAGGGUAUCUGUGAGGUACUUGCCUUUGCUUGAAGAUUUUGAGUUGACCGGUCAAUAUAGUUGGGGUUCUGCAGUUCUAGGUUAUUUGUACCGAGAGAUAUGCAUGGCCACCAACAUUGAUCGUGUUGCUAUUGGAGGACUGACUGCGUUAAUUGUGAGUUGGGCUUGGGAUAGAUUUCCCCAGAUAGCACCUAUCAAUCCUCCCUAUAGUCGUCCUUAUCUUCUGUACGGUGUUAGAUGGUUAUCCCACAGCUUGGGCCGGAGCCGAUGGACCUUAUCGGCAUAUCCGUGGCGGCUUAAGUGCCUUAUCGGUGCAUCCGUGGCAGACUCUUUUGAAGAGGGAGGGGAUGAUGAGUCCCACAUCGGUUGA